AUGCCAAUACAACUUGGUAGACAAAAAUGCCUCCAGAUGUUGAAUACAUUUAUCGUCGGCAAAGGUAGUGGGUUGUGCAUUGGAGAGUUAGGAAAACUCACAAAUCUUCGGGGAUCACUUUCAAUAUUUGAGCUUCAAAAUAUUGAAUCUUCUACUAAUGUUCUGAAUGUAACAAGCUUAAGGGAUAAAAAAUAUCUCGAAGAGUUGGUAUUGAGAUGGAAAUAUGCAUCUCUUUAUCUAGAAAGCUGUAAAUAUUGCAGCAGCUUGCCACCGCUUGGGCAACUACCCUCUCUGCAAAACCUCUCUAUUGUUGGGUUUGAUGAAGUUGUUAGAGUGGGACAUGACUUUUGUGGCAGUGGUUCUUCUUCAGUUAAGCCAUUUGGUGCCCUUAAAGUUCUUUGGUUGAUGGAGAUGCCAAAGUGGGAGGAAUGGGUUUCUUUUGGUGAUGAAAAUGGAGGUGGAGCUUUUCCUCAACUUGAGAAGCUUUAUAUUAGGAACUGUACUAAGCUAACAGGAGGGUUGCCAGUCCAUCUUUCUUCUUUAUCCAAACUUGAUUUUAUUAAAUGUCCGCAGUUGGUGACUCCACUCCCAUUGACUCCUACUAUUCGUGAAUUGGAGUUCAGCGAUUGUAAUGAGAUGCUAUUAAAGGAAUUGCCAAUUGGAAUGGAGAAGAUCGUAAUUAAAGGAUUUAAUGCCCUAGAGUCCUUACCGAAAGGAAUGAUAGACUCCAACGACAGUCUUCAAGAGUUAAAAAUCUAUAAGUGUUCUUCACUUAUGUCCCUUCCAAAGGAUGGUCCUCCCUCUUCAAUAAAAAUCCUUUAUAUUUCCGAAUGUAAGAAGUUGGAGCUCUCAACACACUUGGACCAUUCAUCCCUUGAAAAAUUGUGUUUGUGGAAUUGUGGUUCUCUCAAGUGCUUUCCAUUAGAUUUAUCUCCAAAGCUUUAUAACAUCAAAAUCAAAGGGUGUAGCAAUCUGGAAUCUCUUACCGUUCCAGAAAAUUAUGAACAUGAUUUAGUCACCUUGCAGAUUGAUCUAUCUUAUUGCCCUAAUUUUGUAUCUUUUCCCAAAGAAGGAUUGCGUGCCCCAGCCUUAUAUUGUUUUUUUUUUUUUUGA